CCGUAUACGACAGUGCCGCUGCUAACGGUGGGACGUUAUCUCGAUUUGGUUCUGUGGAGGUGAGGCGGUAUGGCGUGCUUCGUUCCGUGAUGCGGGGGCUCUUCUGGCCCUUUGGCAUCGUGGUCCAUGCAUAUCAUGGCUUUUGGUGGGUGCUGGGCUUCAGGCAACCCAAGCAGCAGCAGCAGCAGCAGCAGCAGCAGCAGCAGCAGCAGCAGCAGGAUUUAGCCAGUCUGCGUCCGUGCCGCAGCAUUCGCAAGCGCCUUCACCCGGUCACACGCCUGCUGCUCAAGAUCUUGCCCAGCUGGCUGCAUGGUGCACUGGGCUACCCUAAGUCCACUGAUAUUGGCUGCUCCCUUGCUCUAGAAAUAAAAAUCUCGCCCACAAAACCUUGUGGGAAGGGCAGCAAGAGGAAACAGGAUGACUUGGAGUAUGAGGAUGAGGAGGCCCACCACUGGGUGGACGCCCUCUCGCAUGAGCUUGUUGACGAAGACCCAGAGAACGAUCCCGACUAUGAGCCUAGUUCUGUCGAGGCAGACAGUGAAGAGUUGUGCUCUCACAACAGCACGGAGAGCGACAUUGAAGUGCAUGACGAUUUGGUCGUUAUUGAAGAUGUGGAAACGGGUGUUCACCAGCACUCGGGUUAAUGGUUUCGCCCUGGCCCGCUUUAACAUGUUUUGUAUAUUAGUGUCAUUUUCUAAGUCAC